UUGGCUGAUUCGGGAUCAGCUGCACUGCGCCGCCUACUCCACAGCGAGAGAGCACGUCGCCAAGGCGGGCAUUACGCUACCGAUAAACCAGCCUGUAAUAUACACUACAAAAUGUCUCGUAGAACAGCGCUGACAAUAUCCCGUUUAUUAAAACCGACAUGGGGAGGACCAAUGGGCAAUACCAUCAAUGUACUCAGACCAGCCACUAUCUACGGCCAGAGGAAUAAGUACACAUAUACUCCUCCUCCAGCCAAGUACGGGGGCAGACACACAGUCACGCUUAUUCCUGGAGAUGGAAUCGGACCAGAGCUGUUCAACCACGUCAGAGAACUUUUCAGGUUUUGCUGUGUCCCCGUGGAUUUUGAGGUUGUUAAAGUGGACUCCACAGCGACCUCUGAGGAAGAUAUCAACAACGCCAUCACCGCCAUCAAGCGCAAUGGGGUGGCUCUGAAGGGGAACAUAGAGACCAAUCACUAUUUACCACCCUCUCACAAAUCCAGGAACAAUUUGCUUCGCACAAAUCUGGAUUUGUUUGCCAACGUGAUGCACUGCCACACGCUCCCUGGUGUUAACACCAGACACAAGGGGAUUGACAUCAUCAUCAUUAGAGAAAACACUGAGGGGGAGUACAGUAGCCUGGAGCAUGAGAAUGUACCUGGAGUGGUUGAGUGUCUGAAGAUCAUCACUCGCAUGAAGUCCUUAAGGAUCGCGGAGUAUGCUUUCAACUUGGCCCGGGAGCAAGGUCGCAAACGCGUCACGGCUGUGCACAAGGCCAACAUCAUGAAGCUGGGAGACGGCCUGUUUCUGCAGUGCUGCAAGGAGGUGGCUGCUGGAUACCCAGACAUCACAUUCGACAGCAUGAUCGUAGACAACACCACCAUGCAGCUGGUGUCCAAGCCGCACCAGUUCGAUGUGAUGGUGAUGCCCAACCUCUAUGGCAACGUGGUGAGCAACGUGUGCGCCGGCCUGGUCGGGGGUCCCGGACUGGUGCCCGGCGCCAACUACGGCACAGACUACGCCGUCUUUGAAACGGCCACCAGGAACACGGGCAAGAGCAUCGCUAACAAGAACCUCGCCAACCCCACCGCAACGCUGCUGGCUGCCUGUCUGAUGCUCGACCACUUGAAGCUUCAUGCAUAUGCCAGUAUGAUCCGGAAAGCUGUGCACACCACUCUGUCAGAAACAAGGCUCCACACAGCCGACCUGGGAGGUCAGGGCACCACGUCUGAUGUGGUGCAGUCCAUCAUGAGGGAGAUUGAGAGCAAAGGGCCGCUGACUGUGGAGCCCAAGCCCAAGUAGUAACCUCCAGCGCCACAGACCUGCUCCUUCUACUAUAAACACAGCUCAAAGUCCCUGCCCACCCAGAACACCAGCAGGUAUACAGUAUGCUUUUCAUCGGUGCUGCUACAGAUCUGCACCUCCUCCUCGUCUUGAGCUUCUAAAAACAUGUGCUGGUACACAUCAUGAUUUACUAAAGGUGCUAUAUGAAGGAAGUGUAUGGCAAAAAUGUCCAAAUGUGCCACCAAAGGCUAAGGAGAAAAUAAUUAAAUUCAAAUACAGUCCCAGAUUACAGGGGCGCCACCAGGAUGAAGGGAGAAAUUGAAAAGGUGUUCUUACAGGACACAAAAGAUGUCUCUUGCUUGAGAAAGGGUCGCAACCAUGGAAUUUAUUUUGAAUUUGACUGCAGUCAGUUACAUGUAUGUCUCUAUCCUGCAUAUAGCACCUUUUGUUGGUUGGAGCAUUUCAAAAAGGGAAAAUGCAUCUUCAUCCAUGUUGUUUUUUUUGUUGUCUCUGUUCUGUUUCUAGCUGCAAUGCAGACUCUCCCAGGCUUAAUGACCUUAUGUUACAGUAAAUCAGCUUCUUAACAGGUUAAAAACCAAAUGUUUUGCACUUUGCUUUUGUAGAUCACCAUAGUAUUGUGGUGGAUUUUUCUGUGAUUCCGUAGAAACGUUGAAAAAAAUAUAAUGUAUAAUACUGUAGUUUCAAAGUUUGUAAAACGUUUAAUGAACUUAAUUAACAACAUGCCUGUAAUUUAAUAACUUACAAAAGGCAAUCUUAACAAAGUCAAAGUUUCAAAAAGUCUAUCUGUCCAGUCCUCUAAUGUUAUGAAGUAUAAAAAAUAUAUAUUAUUACUUUAAAUGCUACGUAGGCUUUUGGCUUAUGCAGAAUUACAUGACCAAAGUCAAAUUGAUGGACAGCGUUAGUCAUUCUGUAAGAUGACCUCAGAAGUUAAAGCUGGCUUUGUUGAAUAGCCUUUCAGAGGAGUACGUCAUCAGCAUAUGACAAGGGGGACAAGCGGGGACCUGACGUAGAUUGGCUUGAAUAUUACACUGGACACACGGAUCAUUCACCUCGUCUCAUACCCCAGUUUCUUGAGUGUGAAGAAUGUAGGGUACUGACCUGUAGAACAAACGAGUUUGUUCAAAAUGGUUCAUUUUAUUGUUUGUUUUAGAAGUUACUUAUUUGUUACUUGUUUGAAUGACGUGUAUUUAUUUAUGACAUGUAGUUGUUUUACGUCACUGGUACUGUAGUUCCAUUUAACCGUGUGUAUGUGUGCACUCAGGACAAAGACACUCUAUGUAGGCAAUAAAGUCUU